AUGCUACAACAGAGGAAAGAAUGUAAACGGAAAAAUUCCCCAAUACCGAGAACGACUAAAGGAAUCCACCAAACAGAUUCUCAUACAUGGCUAAGAAUGAAGAUCAAAGUUCCUAAAGACUGGGAAGAACUGCAAACUUUUGCUACCAAAGAAAAGGAUCUGUGGUUAAAUUCCACGAAAGAAGAAAUGGAAGCACUGAAGAGAAACAAAACAUGGGAAUUAGUCGACCUUCCAAAAGGAAAGCAAGCAACUGGAAACAAAUGGACAUUCAAAACAAAAUCCGACGCUUCAGGGAAUGUUAUCAGGUAUAAAGCUCGUUUAGUAGCUAAAGGAUAUUGCCAAAAAAAUUUGGGCACGACUACGACGAAACAUUCGCACCAGUCGCACUGGUCGUAA